AGGUUGAAGUGAAAAUUAGAAGCUGUUCAUUCUGGCUCACAGACUGGGUUGCAUUUGCUUAGUCUUAUUCCAUGGCAGUAGGAUGGAAAGAGGUCAGUAACACUGGAAUCUGACUGAUCAUCCAUACCGGAAUAUUGUACACAAACGUAAAGUUCCUUCAAAAUGGACUACUUUUUGGAUGUCGAGUCUGCUCACAGACUGUUUUACAGUCAAGGAGCUCAAGCUCGUCGGGCAACUCUUCUCACCGUGCCCACUCUGAUGACAGCAUCUUCUGAGGAUGACAUAGACCGGAGACCCAUCAGAAGACUCCGGUCUAAGAGUGACACCCCUUACUUGGAAGAAGCUAGAAUCUGCUUCAACCUUGAUAAUGCUCGCCGGGCCACGCUGCUCACCGUGCCCACAUUAAUGGCGGCAUCUUCCGAGGAGGACAUCGACCGCAGACCCAUUCGCCGCGUCCGCUCCAAGAGCGACACCCCCUACCUCGCUGAGGCCCGCAUCUCCUUCAACCUCGAGGCAGCUGAGGAAGUGGAAAGACUGGCUGCAAUGCGUUCAGAUUCUCUAGUACCUGGGACUCACACACCUCCAAUCAGAAGAAGAAGCAAAUUUGCCACUCUCGGAAGGCUUUUUAAGCCAUGGAAAUGGAGGAAGAAGAAGAGUGAAAAAUUUAAGCACACUUCAGCAGCUUUGGAAAGAAAAAUAUCAAUGAGGCAAAGCAGAGAGGAGCUUAUAAAACGAGGAGUGCUGAAAGAAAUUUUUGAUAAAGAUGGGGAACUUUCCAUACCAAAUGAAGAAGCAGCUUUGGAGAACGGGCAGCCUCUGGGCUCCGGGCAAGUGCUGAGCUCCAGCCAGGUAUCCCUGCCAGCUCUAGCAGAACUGGAGUCAGGUCCAGCAUCUGGGGAACCCUGCUCAUACGAGGUGCUCCCAACCACAGAGAUCAUGGAUGGGACAGUGUCUGAAGAGAGCCCCACAUCCAAUGAAUCCGGCGUCCUCCUGUCCCAAGAUCCUACAGCUAAGCCAGUCCUGCUACUUCCCCCCAAAAAAUCUGCUGCUUUCCCUGGAGACCAUGAGGACACCCCAGUGAAACAGUUGUCCCUCCUCAAACAGCCCCCUGCCCUGCCUCCUAAACCUAUUGCCAGGAUUGCCAGCCACUUAACUGAUCCUGGCGCUCCUGUGAAACUGCCUUGUAUGCCAGUUAAACUGUCACCUCCACUACCUCCAAAGAAAGUCAUGAUUUGCAUGCCUUUAGGGGGGCCAGACCUCUCUCUCUCAACCUAUUCAACGCAGAAGAGCUCCCAGCAGCCUUUGACCCAGCACCAUCACACUGUCCUGCCAUCCCAGUUAGCAGCUCACCAGCACCAGCUCCAGUACGGCAGCCACAGCCAGCACCUGCCUUCUGGGUCCAGCACGUUGCCCAUUCACCCUUCAGGGUGUCGGAUGAUAGAGGAACUGAACAAAACACUAGCCAUGACCAUGCAAAGGCUAGAAAGCUCUGGUUUACACACAGGUGACAGUGUUACAAAAACAGGACCUGGGGGCCUUCCAGACAUGAGACAAGUGCCAACUGUUGUGAUCGAAUGCGAUGACAAUAAAGAAAAUGUGCCUCAUGAAACUGACUAUGAAGACUCUUCCUGCCUGUACCCAAGACAGGAAGAGGAGGAAGAGGAAGAUGAAGAUGAGGAUAACUCAUUAUUUACAAGCUCUCUGGCAAUGAAAGUCUGCAGGAAGGACUCGUUAGCAAUCAAACUAAGCAACAGGCCUUCCAAGCGAGAGCUAGAGGAAAAGAACAUCCUUCCCAUGCAGACAGAUGAAGAGAGGCUCGAACUUAGGCAGCAGAUUGGGACAAAGUUAACAAGACGACUGAGCCAGAGACCGACUGCUGAAGAAUUGGAGCAGAGGAACAUACUGAAACCCCGGAAUGAGCAAGAGGAGCAGGAGGAAAAACGGGAGAUAAAGAGAAGAUUAACACGUAAGCUGAGUCAAAGGCCCACAGUAGAAGAGCUACGUGAGAGGAAGAUCCUCAUCCGCUUCAGUGACUACGUGGAAGUGGCAGACGCGCAGGACUACGACAGGAGGGCAGACAAACCCUGGACACGACUCACAGCCGCUGACAAAGCAGCCAUUCGAAAAGAGCUUAAUGAAUUUAAAAGCACUGAAAUGGAAGUUCAUGAAUUAAGUAGGCAUCUAACAAGGUUUCAUAGACCGUAGCAGUUCAAUUCUACCUGACUACUAUGCCGUCUUCAAACAUAACUAAACGGAACCAUAAGUGCUGGUAUUAUUCACUUCCCUGUUACGUACAAUGUAAAUCUUCUGAACUGCCUUUUUAAAAAAAAAAAAAAAAAAGAGUAGAAAAAUAAAUAUUAAAAAAAAAAGGAAAAUUGUAUUUACAUGUGAUGGGUACUGCAGCAUCAUCAGACCUGCUGGUUCAAGCUUCAGUGACAGAAAAUACCCCUGGUGGGAAUCGUGCCAAGACUUGGCAUCUAUUAUUAAGACUUUCCUGGCAUGUGGAUUUGCCAUACACGUUCAAGCCCAGCUGGUGGCGCAUCCAUUUCGUCUUUGGGCACCCUUCAUCCUGACAAGCCUCUGUCAGCAACUCGAGAGAGCCCCAAGAUGGUGUUCAGGGAAUCACUGGCCUGGGUGAAGGCUCCAAAAGACCGGCACCUAUGGCACUAAAGCACUUAUACCAAACACUCCUUUCAGGCUGCGAGCACCUUAUGAGGACGGAGAAGGAGCAAAACUCCUCUACAGGCCAGCCCGUCGGUAUAUAUCACCUGACUAGAAAGGCAUUUCUUUCCCUGGAGAAGUUCAUGGCCAGGCAAUAGGCACUGUUCAGCUCCCAGACAGAAAAAGGCAUCGCCUGUAAGACCACAACUCCCUACUGAAGGCUGGUUCCGUUCUAGCAACUAUCUAGUUUUCAACUCUUUCAAGUAUAAUUUUUCUAAACCCAGUUGUGAACCCAUAAGCAGUAAGCGACAAGAAUGUUGAGGACAAGAAAGCAAAACCUGUCUCUUCAUGGUCACUGCAUGGCAGUCGCUCAGCUUGUAGUUUGUGUUUACACCCAAGCCUCGCAACCGUGCGAGAGCCAACGCGCGCCCGGCAGUGAGAAGAGGCUGUGAUUCUCACCUGCUCUGCGGAGGGACACGCGACAGGAGGAGCUGGGGGGGGGUUCGAUGAGGGAUAUCUGUCCUCUCUGUAUCAGGUGUUUCAAGAACUGAUCCUAAACUCAUACUGAGAAAAGCAUGACAGCUUGUGGUACCUGGCCUAACAAAAGGAGUCUGGUGCAUUGGUAUGGAUGGUGAGACUUGUCACCGGUACCCACAGCUGAGGUGUAAGGACAGCAAUGCAGGGCUGUUCCGUUUUGGUUUUAAUUUAUUUUUAUUAUAGCUGUUUAAGACACAAACUGACCAAGUAGAGCUCAGAGAGCUGGUCACUCUGGGCCUGCAGACUUAUGCGUGUGCUUAACACUAAGUAAGCAUGCAGCAGCCUCACUGCAUUCAAGAACAUGUCUGACAAGCGUAAUUGAAGCUGAAUACAUGUAAGUGCUUUUCUGAACUUUGGCCAGCACCUACCAGAAUCAAGCCCUUCACUAGUAUAACGCCAGCAAGCUGGGGCAAACAUGUCUAGGAUUCCUUUCCAGCUCUAGCAAGAAACUAUUAUGCCAUGUUUUGGGCCACUGGCCCAUAGCACUGUAGCAACAUUACUGUACGUUCCAGAUUAGUACUUCAGGACACCUUUUUUUCUUCCACAAUAGCUAUUUUGCUUUGACAGUUUGAACAGAGAGGCCAAAGUUUUUUACUACAAUGUUGUUAUUUCUGGUUGUUUUUUUUUUUCCUUCCUUGCUGUCUUCCACGUAUCUAUCCACUCUUCUGUGCGCCCUCUCUACCUCCCCCAUGCUCCACUAACAUUGCCCUUUACCGAUUGCGGGCCGAGAAGCCUCUCGCACGUAAGCAUUGCAUGGCCAAUGCUGCAUAGUGCCAACAUGCCUGCCUCUUCUCAGGCCUCCGCCUCAUGCCUCUGGUCGCAGGGGUAAAGCUAAAGGACCAAGGGGUUGUUCUAGCAUCCAGCCUGCCAAACAACACUGGCAGUGAGGCUAACGCACACCACUUACGCUCAGUGGUACUCGAUACCUCACAGAUUUGCUCUCCAUCAGAGACAAGCGAAAGCUUUUCAUUCUCAUCCUUGCAAUGCUAUGGAGUAUUAGCCAUUAAAUAAUUGGCUGUUGUAGGAUGGAAGAUGCUACAAAGGAAAGUAAAAACCAGCUGGUUUCUGGUGCCUCACUUCUGAGGCAGCACGCCUCUGUUGUGAUGCACUUCCCGGACCAGGUACCGCUUUCUGAAGAAACACACAGCAAUCCCUGUACCACCAGCUCACAGUUGCUUCAGAUACACGUCCAUCAGUGGUGGAAGCCUUUAAUGUGCAAUGUUAUCAGCUCAGUGCAGCAAAGACAGCGCACUUACCUACUAGCCAGGAAUACACUGCUUUGGGGUUAUUAAAGUCAUUUACAUAAACAUGCACUCAUAACAAGGCUUCAUCACAGCUCUAAAAAGGGAAAGCAAAACUCCUGGCUUCUGACUACACCCACAUUGCAUUAGGAGAGGGCUCUGCAACACGGCUGUUCUGAAGAGCAGCAAGCCCUCAUGUUCCUAGUACGGAUCCAACACCUGCCCUGGCAUUGUUAGCGUAGAGGUUUAGUGCAAAAGGGAAGGAGCCCAUUUAAGGAGCAGCAGUGACAGAAAUCACAGGAACCAGUAGGCUGGUGGGAGGAAAAGCUGAGGGAUUUGGAUUUGGGGUUUUUUUCCAUUUUAUGAUUAAAAUGGAGAAGAGGUGGAAGUAGCAGACUGCUGUUGUCAGUGCUGGAGCAAUGUGACUCCACGUCACCUGGGAGUGGACCCCAGCAGGGCCCAUGCCUGCUGGCUGGUAGCCUAAAUAAACCCUUGGGCUCUGGUGGAGGCACAUAACAGCCAAGUCCUGGGUGAUGGCCAGACCUUCCCCACCACCCUGCCUUCAUCUGGAUGGGCCCAAGGUGGGUCCCUGCUGCUCCCUUAGCAAGUUGUCGUGCUCUGCCGACUUCAAGGCUCACGCUGGCAACGUUUUUUCCUUUUCUCUUUUUCUUGCUAUUUUUUCAUGAUGUUAACUCCUGGCUGAGCAGACACCAGGACACCGUGGAAGAAAUGCCAUAUUUCGCCCUAUUUGCAAGUAGAGCUUGUUACUGAAAAGGGAGGAGGAGAAAGAAGCCAUAUAAAGUGUUUGGCACUGUAGUAACCAUCACAGACCUGGCACUUCAGGUGGUUUUAGCUUCAGUGGGCCUGGGUAUUUCGCAAAGUUACCCUUUGGCGAGGCGGUCUUCAACAACCUUUCAGUGCCUGAACACUGCAGCGCGUCCUCACUUUGCAUGCCCACCUCUGGCAUCCAUGGGGAGUUGCACGCAGGCUGGGGAACAGCUAGUCUUUUUUUUUUCUUUUUUUAAAAUCUGUUUUCUUGAGCACUUGUUUUUCUCAUCUGUGAAAGCCAUCGCUCUCACGGCAAAGUAGUUGUGAUUCUGGCGGGGGUGGAAGAAAAA